AUGUCACAAAGCACCGGCACUCCCACUCUCAUUUUGAUCCAUGAUGGAAGUACCGUCCAAGUCUUUCCGGCUGUAUCUACAGAUGGUCGUCUCGUAGACCCAAACUCCGCCGAAGCGACAUAUAAUGUCUAUGACACCGCAAUCGCUUUCUCGAUAGAAGUCAACAGCAUGAUAGAACCCGACUAUCAACAAGAUCAGAAUGAUCCAACGUGGGAUCCGUUGACCAGCGCUUGUAAUCUCGCACGUAAAUUACGCGAUCAAGGUGAUGCUUAUACCGGAGCGGAUAUAUUGGCUUUCAAUGAGGUGGAUGACUAUAGUUUUUAUCGGGAAACGACAAACAGCUAUGAUUGUUUAUUGGAACCGACGGUCAACCUCAACUCACACGCCAGGUCUCAAUUGAUCGGUGAAGGCUACGAAGAAAAAGAAAAUGAUAUGGAAGAUUUAGAAGACAAUUUUCAAAGCAUGAUGCGCGCACACGGGUCGAUAAGAGACGAGAGAGUUUACGUACCCGAUACCAUGUAUUUCCGGAAGCCAAAAAGGACACAAACGGACAGAACCGAUUACACUGUCAACGCCCCAGAAUCAGAUCCUUCUUCCCCCUCCUCAACUCACGAGGAUGACCACAAGAGUGAAAUCAAGCAGGAAGAGGAGGAAGAUUGA